AUGGAAUUUUUAAAAUCUUAUUUUGAUAAAAUACUAAAGAAAAAGGGUGGAAAAUUUAACUUGUCAAAUUUGUCAGAGCAAUUAAAUGAUCCUUUUACCUUUUUUUUUAUGUGCAUUUUUCUAUUUGUUUUUGUGAGUCUUAUAACAUACCUAUACUGUUUUUGUAAAUCCUAUGAUAAUAAAAAGGGAUCCAAAGUACAUAAAAUGUCCAAAAAAGUUAAGUAG